UUUUUAUGCUAAAUUUAUGUUGUACUAGUUCAACCCACAAUCUGUAUGGCUUAAAAUAUUUGUGUAUACUUUCUGAUUGAAAUUUAAUUUAGGCAGAUUUGUUGGAAUGUUGGCCUUAAUAUUACCCCACAGACCACAUAUGUAUGUAUAUAAGUAGUGAAUUGGAGGUCUUUAAAAGGCACUCAUCAGAAACCAUUGUGAUAAACACCAGCACUAGCUACUCCACCACCAACAGAUGCCAUUAUCAAAAGCCAUAUGAAAGAGUUUGGUCCUAGCUAGCUAGUUGCAGAACUUUAAACUCCUUCCCUUUCCAAAACCAAACCCAUUGAUCGAUCAGUCUUGCAUUCAUUUGUGCAAGACAGGUUCAUCUGGUCCUUGAUCGAACAAAGAGAUGCGGCAUAUGCUAGCAACAAUGAGGCAAAAUAUCCAAAACAUGAGGAAAAGCCCCAGAGUAGCAGAUGAGAGCAUGGUUAACAUAGAACGCGGGAACUUAGCCGAAGAAUUGCAGAUUUAUGGAAGAUCAUCAUCCCGCGGUUGGAAGGGGUUUUCGGUUAUAGUUAGCGUUGUGAUCCUGCCAUUUUCUGUUCUUUCUUGCUUCUCUCAGCCUCAUGUUCAUGGCGCUGAUGGGGUUUGGACCUCGGGUGAUUUUGCGCAGAUAACGGAGAUAAAUCAUCUAAUGGUAAGUGACAGCAUGCGCUAUGCCAUCUUGAUGUAAAUUAUAAUGAAACUGCAUCGAUUGUACUGGAGUGUCCUGGUUUUGCAGCAGAUAUCCUACUUGCAUGGAUUGGCAAACAUAUGUAUCUUUCUCAUAUAAAUAUAUAGAUGGUGAUCAUUCAUGUAUUAAUAGUCGUAACUUUUCCUAUAUCAGAUAUGAAUGUUGAGCAUACAAAUUCUCUGUAUGGCCAUUGAUAUUACAUUCUGAGAUCAUCCCUUCU